CAACGCAUCAUACAAAGAAUCAGAACAUGACGUAGUGUUGGUCAGCCACAGUCCAGAGCAUCGGCAAGUUAGGAAAAGCAAGCAGCAGUUCACAUCGCACCGCGAGAAAGUUUAUUUCAGAUAGAGCCAGCAGUUUCCUUGCUUUUAUUAUUCAGACUUGGUACAACGUUCCAAUCAGAGGCCAUUUCCAACUUGCUGCCUACUAUGGAGCCUGAGUCCAUGUCUGAACUACCACGGUGUCCAUCUCCAGCUCCUGUGAAACUCACAUGGGGUGAAAUCAUGGACUCCGAGGACAAUGAGAUGGAGAAUGUAGAGCCUUUCUGUUUCUAUAAUCCCUGGAGCAUGGAUUACAUCAACCAGGUAGAGGAGCAGAAGGUAGAGAAGGACAUAGAGGAGCAGAAGGCAGAAGAGCAGGCCAAAGUCCAGCAGCCGCCUGUUAGAAACACAAAGCUCCUUAAUGAACGCCUCAGCAAGAAUAACAAGUGUACAUCUCCAGCUCCCGCAAAACUCACGUGGGGUGAAAUCAUGGACGCUGAGGACAAUGAGAUGGAGAAUGUAGAGCCUUUCUCUUUCUAUAAUCCCUGGAGCAUGGAUAUCAUCAGCCAGGUAGAGGAGCAGAAGGCAGAGGAGCAGAAGGUAGAGGAGCAGAAGGUAGAGGAGCAGAAGGCAGAGGAGCAGGCCAGAGUCCAGCAGCUGCCUGUUAGUGACAAAAAGCUCCCUAAUGAACGCCUCUGCAAGAAUAAAAAGACAGUGAAACUACUGUUGAGGAACCUUGACUGCAAUGUGGAUGACAGACAACUACAUGAGGAAUUCCAUCCCUUUGGAACUGUGAUCAGUGCAGAGGUCAAUAUGGAGAAUGGCCAUCCCAAAGGCACUGGCUUUGUCAUUUUUGCAUCUCCUGAUGAAGCCAGAAAUGCCAUCAUGAAGAUGAACGGCAGGGUAUUGGGAAGCAGGCCAGUGUAUGUUAGUGUGGUUCAGAGCAAGGAGGAACAUGGAGGAAGGCACAGAGAGAGGGCAGAGAGUAGCCUGAAAGAACCCUGUCCAAAUCCACACCAGGCUCAAAAGAAUAUUCAGCCACAGAAUGCAUCUCCAGAAUUGAGGAGAACCAACCAACAGGACAGGAACAUAUGCAGAGCGCAAACCACACUGCAGUCCCAGGAUGCACAGAAGAGUAAGGUGUUUAUAAAACAUCUGGACUACAGUGUGGACGACAGGCGCCUGCAUGAAGCGUUCCUGCCAUAUGGAACAGUCAUCAGUGCAAAGGUGACUGUGGAGAAUGGCUGCUCCCGAGGUUUUGGAUUUGUGAGCUUCUCCUCUCCAAAUGAAGCAGAAAAAGCCAUUAAGGAGAUGAAUGGAAGGAUGAUGGGCAGGAAGCCACUGUAUGUGACGCUGGCUAACAACAAUAAGCAGCGCAAGGCUUCCCUCACCCAGACUGAGUGUACAGGAAGCAGUGGUCCAACUGAGCCACACACAAGACCUCACAGAUUCUUGCAGAGGGUCCAUUCACAUCGUCGUCCCUCUGUUGCACCGGCCACCAGAUAAACCUUUUAAACUUUAUACUUCCUUUUAUCAAAAUAUAUAUAUUGAUUUAUAUUAUUAUUAUAAAUUUUGUUAAAUUUUGUGAAACUCAU